GCUUGUUAUGUAGCACCUAGCUGCAGAGGGGUGUGUUACCUGCAUGUUUUUGUAUUAGUGGUUCUUAUAAACGCUUAAUUUCACUCUUAAUGUGAUACUUGGCGUGCAGAAUGCGUCAUCGCUAACGUAUUUAACCGGUUAAAUACAAUUUUGCGUCAGCUUUCAGCGCUUACUUCCUGCCAAUGUUAUGUUGUGUGGCUACUUAGCUAGUUAGCUGGCUAGCUAACUUUGUGACAAGUGCUUUCCCAAUGACACAUUUAAAUUAAAACUGACCUUUUAGGAACAGCAAGCUGAAGGACGACAGAAAUGGGGUCUGUCAGAGCCAUGGCAUCGACGAGGCUCCUGUGUAUGUUUAACGCGAAAGCAGCAGGCUCGACCAAAACAUUAGCAAGCGCAGGUCGGAGUGUGCUCUUCAGGAGACAUGUCUGCAGUUCACCUUCAAGAUUACAGAGCUGCAUGCCAGCAUGGGUCAUUGAUCAGUAUGGCACUAAUGAGGUUUUGAGGUAUACAGAAGAACACCCUAUCCCCUCUGUCAGUUCUUCCAGUGAAGUGAUGAUUAAAGUCCAUGCGGCCAGUCUAAACCCUCUGGAUGUAUCCAUGAGGGGUGGCUAUGGAGCAAAAUUGCUUAAAUUAAGAAGGGAUCCAAUGUCUGUUAUGGACAAUGAUAGCGAGUUUCCUCUGGUUCUGGGGCGUGAUGUGUCUGGUGUAGUGGUGGAUUGUGGAUCUGAGGUGACUCACUUUGCUCCUGGAGAUGAGGUGUGGGCUGCUGUUCCCCCGUGGAAACAAGGUAGUCUGGCUGAAUUUGUGACUCUGACAGAGUAUGAGGUUUCCCUGAAACCGAAAUCACUGAGUCACACAGAAGCAGCAUCCAUCCCCUACGUAGCCAACACAGCUCUGUCUGCACUUGUUAAUGCAGGUGGUCUCUGCAGGGACAGUGCUUCAAAUAAAAGAGUUUUGAUCACAGGAGGAUCAGGAGGUAUAGGAACAUUCUCCAUCCAGUUAUUAAAAGCCUGGGGUGCCCACGUAACAGUUACCUGCUCCCAGAAUGCUGAGGGUCUCGUUAGGGGGCUUGGGGCCGACGAGGUGGUGGACUACACAGCAGGAGACGUAGCUGAGCAGCUGGAAAUGAUGGAGAAGUUUGAUUUGAUUCUUGACAACGUGGGCGGGGAAACAGAGGAUUGGGCAACAAAGCUGCUGAAGCCCUGGUCUGGAGCAAAGUACGUCACGUUGGUGUCACCUUUACUCCUCAGCACUGAUUCCAUGGGCCUGCUGGACGGGACGUUUCACGCUGGAUUCACACUACAUAACAAAGCCAUACAGAACAUCAUAUCGAGCGGUGUCUUCUACAGGUGGGGGUUUUAUGCUCCAGAUGGGCCCGCGCUCGACGAGGUCAGCGAGCUUGUGGAUGCAGGGAAGAUCCUGCCAGUUGUAGAGGCCCAGUUUCCAUUCACCCAGGUGCCCCAGGCCUUCCAGAAGCUGGAGGGGGGCCAUGCCAGAGGGAAGACAGUCGUGCUGGUGGCUGAAGAGGAUGACAGGCAGGCUGAGGAGCUGGUGCAGAGUGCUCCCAUGGGGACCGUCGAAUCUGAGCAGGGAGUGAAAGAAAGUGCUGGACAAAGCUAGAGACGGUCAGAGAAUCAAAUUUGUGAUUCUGCUCACCUUUACUGAGCUGCUCCGGACUGACGCACACUCUAUUAUUCAAAGGGAUCCAAGGGCCGCUGGUGUGCCAUGGAGCUCAAACGUGACCUGAGCUUAUAAUGAGAUUGUGCUGAUGUGUUGUUUUGGUUUAAGCUUACUCCCUCCUGUGCUGUUUUGAUGUUUUCACAAGGUGCUUGAGUUAUGUUGCAUCUGUAUCAAGGGGAAUUUAAUAAAAUAAUCACCAACCACAAUCCUGAUAAAUACUGUUCAGGUUAGAAUCCAGCUGGUUAUCCACACCCAGACUUCUGGUUGAUCCACCAGGGAGUUAUAUAACAAAACAAGUUUUAAAUUAGGCUGAAAAUCUUUAUCAAUUCAUGUUUUCACCUGGCUAAAGCAGAAGCAGUGCAGUGAGGCAGGUCAUUGGGAGCAUUUUUUUUGCAUAAGAAAGCAUGUGAAUUCAGGUAUGGGGGAAAAUCAAACCUGGAACCAAAGUGUUUGCAUCAAGUCUGUGUCCAUUGUUGUAAAGAGAGUGCACCCCAGUCUACUGUACAAUCUAUUUAAGAAAUUUAUUGACAAAAAUACUUUUAUUACUCUGAAAACAGAAGAGUUGUGUGCUGUCUAGUUUUGAUUAAACAAAGAAAAAAAGACACGUUUCAAAGACACUUUUUGCAUCGUCAUGUUGCAUGCAGCUCAACAACAGUUACAUUUCAUAAAAUAUAUAAUUCAACAAUGCAUAAAAAUAUAUGAAAAACUGCUAACACUGUUCAAGUUAAUUAACAACAGGCAAACAGAUGUAUUUAAAAAAGUCAAAAAUAAAUUUUUACUGCUGGUAAACAGUGAAAUAAGUAAAGUCAGAUUUCACUUGUGUUUGGUCUGCAGCUGUACAUUCUUACUGAAGUUUCCAUUUCUCUUUCUUGACUUCCUCGUAAGAGUUUCAAAAGUUCUCUUUGUCCUUAGCAGCCGUACUGCAGAGCCUGUCGUUGACCUGUGCCUCUGAGAGUCUGAGC